AUGGACGAAUACGAUCACAGUGACAACCCCUCCCACUUUGACAAAAACUACCUUGCUUACCCACUUUCCCACAUCGGAAAACACCACCUCGACUCCGGCAACAUGAUCAUCAUGCCUCCCUCCGCCCUCAACCACCUCGCCUCCCUCCCUGUUUCUUACCCCAUGCACUUCCGUCUACAGAACACCAUCACCGGCCACCAUUCACAUUCUGGUGUCCUUGAGUUCACCGCCCAGGAAGGCUUCGUUCUCUUGCCCACCUCCAUGAUGAAUAACAUGCAACUGGAGUCAGGAGAUUUGGUAAAUAUCAAGAACGCCACCCUCCCUAAAGGAACUUACAUCAAGAUACAACCACAUGCCACCAAAUUCAUCACCCUUUCCGAUCACAAGUCUUUGCUUGAAAAAGCUUUCAGAGAUUUCGCUUGUCUCACCACCGGCGACGUUGUUGUGAUCAACCACGGGGAGGAGAAGUACGUCGUAAAUAUAUUGGAGACGAAGCCAUCACCGGCCAUAUCAUUGUUUGACACCGACUGUGAGGUGGAGUUUGCACCUCCCUUGGAUUACAAACAACCUGAAAAGAAACCGGUUGCUGAUUUUAAAGGAAAGAGAACGAGUGAUGAAAACAAGAGUACUCCUGGUUCUAGAGAUGAUGUAGAUAUAAUGAUGAAGGAAUAUAAACCUUUUUCCGGAAUCGGGAGGCGACUGGAUGGGAUGCAAGUGCCGGAAACUGAUCAUCAAUCAGUGAAGAAAUCGAAGAGAAACGAAUCAAGCAUGCCGACUGAUCAUGAUGGGAAACCGAUGGAGAAGAAACCACAGUCCAGCACUGUUGAAGAAAAGGUAAACGGAGAACACGAAGGAUUCAAAGCAUUUACAGGGAAGAGUUUCCGAUUAGGAGGAUGA